AUGAAGGUCACGAGGGCGAACUUCGUGCGUCGCACCAAGCCCACGACACCGACGGUGACCACCGACGGCAACACGGCGGCAAUAGACGCCGCCGAGACCACCACCAGCAAAUACACGAGGCGCGGCAACUCUAAAUUCACGUCCCGAAAGGACGGCGCGGGGGACGCGCAGAACGAGAAAGCGCGGGAAACGGACGAGACGCGCGCGCGUCGGCCAUCUUUGAAUGGCGGCCCGCCGCGCAGUGACCGGACCACGCCGCGAACGUUCGCGCGCCGUCGCCCUGGUGGGGAGAACGCUAACGCAUUUGUUACCUUGACAAUUAUUCUCGCUGUGACCAUUAUAUUACCAACAACUAGAUCGGUACCAUCAACAACGGUUGCGACGAUAACCCGAAGACCAUUCCGUAUAGCCAGCCGGCGCCGUCCAGUCGCCACCACUAAAACCACUUCCACCACCACUACAACAACUACCCAGCCUACCACAGAAUUCGUAGAAAGCGAAGAAUUUUUAAAGGACAUCGAAGAGAAUGGCUCUAUUGAAGAUCCAUCGUACGCCCCGCGCUCCAGCCCAAAGGAUAACUCGAAAGUCCAAAGACGCCCGCUGGUCUCCUUGAAAGACGAACAAGACCAGAACAUAGCUGCCACGAAUGAAGAGGAGAAAAAACGACAGAGCAAGAAAUACAGCUCCACUUUCAAACAGAAUCAGCUCGACGAAGCGCUAAGGUUAAAAACUCAGGAUGCAUACGACGUGGAUGUUGAUCCCACUACAGAAGGAAAAUUCACAAUUGAGGGCUACAGUGCUGAAACAGCCGUGGCACUUGCAGCGCAUAAACUGUUAGAAGCGCCUGUACCUAUAAUACCAGAUUAUGAAUAUGACGCCAAGCCGACACGAAGUGCACCCUCGAGGAGCACUCAGAAGUUCAAGUACACAGACACCGAUUAUCCACGAGAGGUCACAAAGACACCAUCCUACCCAGUAGCUUACUCCGCAACACCAAGUUACAGUACUCGUGAUUACGUCCAAACGUCCACGGGUGGCUAUCCCAGUAAUCUUAUAGACACGGUCCUACCUUCAACCAUUGGCUUCAGAACGUCGAAGCCCGCGGGAUUCACGGCGCCAACUAUAAUUAAUCCGGGCCUAUCGGGUGUUUCCCGAGAUCUAGGUCCCUCUACAGUUCGCUAUCUGAGUACAACUGACGAGAACGUAGCUACGCACAACAUCAAUCCGACAGAUAACAGAUAUACUGACUCCAGUGAGUAUUCAAAGGCUCCUCCAUCUACAAUACAAUAUGUGAGCACGGUGGACAAGUACUCCGGUGUGUCGUAUGACCUAACUCCGACAAACAGAUAUGUAGACACGAGUGAGACGACUCAAACACUGAGCCCUACCACUAGAACUCGUGGUAGAAGACCGACAACAACCGAAUCGAACUUAAAUGAGUAUACGUCAAGCACACUCUCAUCCUCUGACAUAUUAGUGGACACAAGUAAGAAAUACUCUGAAAUUUCCCGAUCAACAGGCCCUUCGACGACUAGGUACUUGGACUCAAACAACGGAUUUACUGGGAUAUUGCAAAAUCCAAGUGUAACAAAUAAAUAUAUAGAUAGCGGUGAUGAAACAAAAACAUACCAGACGCCUGGUCCAUCUACUGAAGAAUAUUUAGAUAAUAGAUAUACCGAAACAGCUCAAAAUUUAAACCCAACUAACAGAUUCACCGUGACGAGCGAAAGGUAUACCGAAGAACCACUUGGAACAAAUCCUUCCACCGCAUCCUAUUUUACAGAAGGCAGCAAGUAUACGAGAAUACCGCAAGAAGAAAUUCCCACGAGUACUUUCUCAGGAACGGCUGAGAUAUACUCGGAACCUGCAAAUACCAGAGCGCCGGCAAACAUAUUCACAGACAGAGGCGAAAGUUAUACAACACUGCAAAAUGCGAGAACCACGAACAAGUAUACCGACGCAAACGACAAAUAUACUUCUAUUUCGCGAAGAAGGAAACCAUCUACGACAACAGUUAUCGAAAGCGAAAAAUACACCACAGGUGCCGUGCAGAAUACAAGCCCAACCGUCGAUUACACGGCGAACGAAAGAUAUACGGAAGCCUCGCGGCGUAGAAGGCCUUCGACAAAUUUCUACACAGAAACGACGACGGAAAGAGUAAUUCCAACCGAGUCGACGCCAAGUACGACUGAAAGGACUAUUCCGUCGCGCAGGAGAAGACCGUCAACCAACACCUAUACUAGCACCGAGUACACGACGGAGUCGACACCGGACUAUGGGUUUACGGCCACGAGCGAGACGUACCCACCACGUCGCAGGGCUAGGCCAUCGACGUCUAGAUACGACGACGCGACGGGCGGCGAAACCUCAGAGAUAUCGCAGGCCGGCCCGACCACAGGAUUCACAGGCGUAAACGAACCUUUCGUCGAGACCUCGCCUACAUUGAGAUCGUCAACUGUCCGCAAUAUCGGAUACACUGAAUCGGAUGACAAAUCAACCGAAACGCCGCAGCUCAUCGAAACUUAUACAACCGGUAGAAAAUACGCUGACAUAUCUCGUGCCAGAAAUCCAUCUACUAGUACAUACCUAGAGUCGACUGAAAAGCAACUGGUGUUAGCGGACGACGAAGUGACCACAGAUCGCUAUUUGAACCAGAACGGUCAAUAUACGGGCAUUGUUCGGGAUCUUAGCCCGUCCACUGUUAAAUAUUUGAGCACGGAAGAUAGAUCAACGAGUGAAAGUCCGUCCAUCAAGUUCCCAAGCACGACGGGGAAAUACGUCUCGGGCCCUAUAGAUGAUUAUAGCUUCUCCACCACUGGGUACAGCCAAAGCCAAGAGCCUUCGUAUUUCACCAGGGAAUAUCUCCUCGCCUCGCCAGUAACGAAAACGUACGAUGAUGAAUAUCAGUAUCUAUCGCCGGUGACGUCAACACAGCCGACGUCAACCACCAGGAAAUUGGCCAGGAAGAAAAUGGUCUUCCGCAGAAUUUCGACAACGGCCCAGGCGAGUUCGACCACGACGACAACAACGCCGACACCGCGGCGAUCGUCGAGGAAGCCUUUCGAGAAGAUCCGUAAAGUUCAGAAAGUGAAGGUUCAAAAGGGAUCAAAGAAAACAACACAACUAGAAGAAGAAAAGGAAGUGAAACAAGAGCAGCCCGAGACUAAAGUUCAACUGACGCAAAGGCAGCCGGUGCAGAGAGUGAAGCCAGUCAAAAAGGUCCAAACUUCUGAGACCAACAAAGUUAUAAGGCCAAUAGAUGCCUUUGACUAUUAUGAUGAUAGCCAAGAAAAGGUUGUCCAAAAAUACGAGGAAGGAACUAAGGUUAUACUCCACGGGAAAGGAAGAAUCGAGUGUUUGGACAUAGGCAACUUCCCACACCCGUCGUCGUGCAAGAAAUUCAUAUCGUGCGCGCGCAUGGAGGGCGGCUCUCUACUCGGCUGGGAGUACGUCUGCCCCAAAGGACUAUCUUUCGACCCGGUUGGCGGCAUUUGCAACUGGUCUGCAGGGCUAGGAUGUCAAGAGCAAGACUCG